CAUGUCGUCUCAGUUCUCGUUGGAGCAAGCCCUCCAAUCGGCUACUCGUCUGGACUCCUCCAUCAGCAUGGGGCGUCCCCGUGCGGGCCGACCCCGCCCCUUGGUCUCCGUGAAGCGCUCCGAUGCGAGCCAGGGGGUGGAGGGAGGGACGGGCUCGGCGUCCAAUCGCUGGCUCUCUGCCUCCAUGGGCUCGGGUAUGAAUCGAUCGCGCUCCGAAUCCCGCCUUCAAAGUCAUUCGGGCCUAGAGAUCCGUGUGGGGAGCGGGGGUGCGGCUCGGAACCGCAGCGACACGCCUACCAGAUCUUGCUCCAGUCUGAUGGAUUUGAACAAGACCCCCACUCACGGAGAUCGGUUCAUACCCAACCGUUCCACGACGGACAUGGAAUACGCCCAACACUCGAUUUCACGGUCACGAGAUGAUCUGUCGGCCAGUGGUGCCAACCAUGACCAUCAGAUGUCGAGUCUGACCGAACAACUCCGACGACAAACCAUGAAUGAAGUCCUGCAAGGCGGAGAUGCGGCCAAUCGGACUUUGAACGGCGGUAGCCGCAUCUUGUCUUAUCGGAAUAAGGCCCCGGUGCCCAAUGAGACGCACGUGAACAAUCUCAAAGUGGUGUAUUCCACGGGCAAACCUAAGGUUCAAGCAGCGGCCAAGACGCGUCAGGUGGCGUCCAAUCCGGACAAGAUUUUGGAUGCCCCUGACCUCGAAAAUGACUUCUACCUCCACUUGUUGGAUUGGUCCUCGAAUAACCAUUUGGCCGUGGCAUUGGCGACGAGUUUGUUCAUAUGGAACGCGGGCGAUGGGUCCAUUGCCGAGUUAUUCACGCGCGAGAACGACGAAGACACCGUGUGUUCGGUUCGUUGGGUGAAAGAAGGAAACAUCCUGGCGGUCUCGAAUCUCACGGGUGCCAUUGAAUUGUGGGACGUGACGGACUCGAAAUUCCUCCGCCGCAUGGACGCUCAUUCUGAUCGGGUGGCCGUGAUGGAUUGGAAUCAGUACCUAUUGGCCAGUGGAUGCCGGGAUGGGAUGGUUCAUAUCAAUGACGUGAGGGUAUCCGAUCAUCUAGCCCACAGAUUGGACGGACAUUCUCAGGAGGUGUGUGGUAUGGCUUGGUCUUCGAAUGGCCGAUACUUAGCCACUGGCUCCAAUGACAACUUGGUGUUGGUUUGGGAUUCGCGACAAUUCAACACACCCCUUCACACGCUUAAUCAACAUCAAUCGGCCAUAAAAGCUAUGAGUUGGUGUCCUUGGCAACCCAAUGUCCUGGCCACGGGAGGUGGGACGAGUGAUCGAACCAUCAAGUUCUGGAAUGCCACCUCGGGCAAUCUCAUUCAAUCUGUACAUUCGGGUUCGCAAGUGUCGUCCCUGGUUUGGAACUCUGAGUAUAAGGAACUGAUAUCGGCUCAUGGUUACCAACACAAUCAAUUGACCGUUUGGAAAUAUCCCGACAUGACGAAAGUGUCCGACUUGAAGGGCCACACGGAUCGGGUUUUGGUGAUGGUUCCGUCUCCCGAUGGGACCACCGUCGCAUCUGCCGCUGCCGACGAAACAAUCCGAUUAUGGAAGGUAUGGCCUCCAAUUGUCAAGAAGAAAGUGGUCAAGAAUAUUGCCAAAGACGCGGGAUCGCUUCUAUCUCAACGAGUAAUUCGAUGAGCAAUUUGCAAUACCAUGUCCAACAUGUAUCGACGAAAACGACUUAGGUUUGAAAACGAAUAACUGACAAGUGAAAUAGAUUCCAGAUGUGAAGUUAA